CAGUAUUCUCAGUUCACUGUAGUUUCCCUAUUAUUAUUUUUAAGAACUGUUUUCUUUCUUAAAAUUCUUAAGGUUUAUUCAGAGUCCAUUUGUCUGUGUCACAUACAGCUAGACUUAUAAGAAAAUUACAAUAAAUUGUCAUAAAGACAUUAUUUUAAUGAAGUUGCCACAGUUUAAUGAACACCCCCCCACACACACACACACUAUGUCACUAAGGGAACUGAAGUUCAGUGGUUCAUCUGGAAAUUCUGAUGGUGAGAAAAGAUCACUGGAUACAACAGAAGAGAAACCUAUACAGGACUAUAGUAUGGAUUCAGAGCUUGAGAAGUAUUAUAACAAGACGAUGGCCACUGAGGACAGCACUGCUGCCACUCGGAAUUCAGAUUUCCCUGCCUGGGAUGACUACAGAGGCAGCGUAGAUGAUUUACAGUACUUUCUGAUUGGGCUCUAUACAUUUGUGAGUUUUCUUGGCUUUAUGGGGAAUCUACUUAUUUUACUGGCUGUUAUCAAAAAGGGAAAUCCGAAGACUACAGUGAACUUCCUCAUAGGAAACUUGGCCUUCUCCGAUAUCUUGGUGGUGCUGUUUUGCUCACCUUUCACACUGACCUCUGUCUUGUUGGAUCAGUGGAUGUUCGGCAAAGCCAUGUGCCAUAUUAUGCCUUUCCUUCAGUGUGUGUCAGUUCUGGUUUCAACUUUAAUUUUAAUAUCAAUUGCUAUCGUCAGGUAUCAUAUGAUAAAGCAUCCCAUAUCUAACAAUUUAACAGCCAACCAUGGCUACUUUUUGAUAGCUACUGUCUGGACAUUAGGUUUUGCAAUCUGUUCUCCCCUCCCAGUGUUUCACAGUCUGGUAGAACUUCAGGAAACCUUUGGCUCAGCGUUGCUGAGCAGCAGGUAUUUGUGUGUUGAGUCGUGGCCAUCUGAUUCAUACAGAAUUGCUUUCACAAUCUCUCUAUUGCUGGUUCAGUAUAUUCUGCCUUUAGUUUGUUUAACUGUAAGUCAUACCAGUGUCUGCAGGAGUAUAAGCUGUGGAUUGUCCAACAAAGAAAACAGACUAGAAGAAAAUGAGAUGAUCAACCUAACUCUCCAUCCAUCCAAAAAAAGUGGGAACCCGGCAAAACCCUCCAGCAGCCAAAAGUGGAGCUAUUCGUUCAUCAGAAAACACAGAAGAAGAUACAGCAAAAAGACAGCAUGUGUGUUACCUGCUCCAGCAAGACCUUCUCAAGAGAACCAUUCGAGAACAGUUCCAGAAAACUUGGGCUCUAUCAGAAGUCAGCUCUCCUCAUCCAGUAAGUUCAUCCCAGGGGUCCCAAUCUGCUUUGAGGUGAAACCGGAAGAAAACUCAGAUGUGCAUGAAAUGAGAGUCAAGCGUUCUAUCACCAGAAUAAAAAAGAGGUCUCGCAGUGUUUUCUACAGACUGACCAUACUGAUACUAGUGUUUGCUGUUAGCUGGAUGCCACUGCACGUUUUCCACGUGGUAACUGAUUUCAAUGAUACCCUUAUUUCAAAUAGGCAUUUCAAGCUGGUGUACUGCAUUUGUCAUUUGUUAGGCAUGAUGUCCUGUUGUCUUAAUCCAAUUCUAUAUGGAUUUCUUAAUAAUGGGAUCAAAGCAGACUUGAGAUCCCUUAUACACUGCCUACAUAUGUCAUAAAUCUCACUGUUUACUAAGGAAAGAAUAAAUGUUGAGAUCAUUUAAAAUAUA